CAAUGAUAAUUGGUCAGCCGUGCAACGUGAGUUCUCCGAAGAGAAACUUUUUUUUAAAAAUAACUGCAAGGAAUAUUCAGACGGAAUUUUAACAGUGGAGGACAUGAAAAGUUCUCCGAUUGUAACACCAAAAACUGAAGUGUCUGCCGGAUCGCUCUAUGAUACGCAGGGCCCCGUAUUUGUGAGUGAGCCUUCUUCUAAAGUGGAAUUCACAAACUCUAGUGGGGGGCGAGUGGAUUGCUCGGCCCACGGAAACCCGGCGCCCAGCGUCGAGUGGCUUGGGUCAGACAACUUAGCCGUGUCUUCCAUCCCAGCCAUCAGAAUCGUACUCGGUAAUGGAUCAAUCUACUUUCCUCCGUUCGAAGCCGAGGUUUUCCGCCAGGACGUGCACUGGGCCGUCUACAGGUGCUUCGUGUCCAACAGUGUCGGCGCCAUCUUAAGCAGAGACGUCACCGUCAGGGCAGUGGUGAUCCAGCGGUACGAACCGGAGGUCCAGGGUCCGGGCGGGUUUCUGGGUAAUGACGUAAUCAUACGUUGCAACGUGCCUGCCUUCGUCAAGGAACACGUGACUGUGACUUCGUGGCUCCAAGAACCUUCUUUCAACAUUUACCCGUCUACGGUGAGCGAUGGAAAAUAUCACAUGCUGCCUUCUGGCGAGCUGAUGAUCCUCAAUGUCACCGCCAGCGACGCAAUGCGAUCAUAUCGGUGCAGAACUCACCAUCAGCUGACUCAAGAGGUUGUAGUGAGCCGAAACGUCGGGCGCAUCCAGCUCACAGAUAUCCGAGGUCGGGUGCCUCCCGUUCUGAAUGAGAGGCUGAUGAUCCUGACUGCGAAGGUCGACGAGACCAUCGUAGUGCCGUGUGUGGCCUACGCCAACCCCCGGCCCCAGUACAGAUGGGUGUACCAUCAGCAGAACGGACACGAGACUUCGCUGGACGGCACCGAGAGACACAUCGUUCGCGAUGGUACCCUCGUUAUAACUACAGUCAGGGAGUCCGACGCUGGUACGUACCUCUGCAAUGCCAGCAACAAGGAGGGAAGCGAGACCUUGGAGGUACAGCUUAGCGUCAGUUCGCCUCUGCAAGUCCUUGUCCAUCCAAGUCGCCAGAGGGUCGACCUGGGGAAAAGCGCCACGUUUCGUUGCAGUAUUUCUGGUUUCCCUCGUUCAUCCAUUCAUUGGCUGAAGGACGGCCACCCCCUGCGGACCGGAGCUAGAAUACGUCAGUCUUCAGACGACAGAGUUCAUAUAUCGGCUGUGUCGAAAGAGGACCGGGGGAUGUACCAAUGUUUCGUCAAGAACCAGUUGGAAGUGGCUCAAGGAUCCGCCGAACUUAGACUGGGAGAGGUUUAUCCGCAGCUGGCGUACAAGUUCAUAGAACAGACGCUUCAGCCCGGAUCAUCUGUGUCGCUCAAGUGCAGUGCGUCCGGGAAUCCGACGCCUCGAAUCUCAUGGACGCUGGACGGCUUCGCCCUUCCUCACAACGAAAGGUUGAUGAUUGGCCAGUACGUGACAGUGUUUGGUGAUGUGAUAAGCCACGUUAACAUAUCGUCGGUGAAGCCUGAGGACGGGGGGGAGUACGAAUGUGUGGCAGAAAAUCGCGCAGGACGGACCAGCCAUUCAGCGAGGUUAAACGUUUAUGGUUUGCCCUACGUAAGACCAAUGCCGCCUAUACCUGCCGUGGCUGGUAAGCAACUGGUGGUGAAGUGUCCAGUGGCCGGCUACCCCAUCGACACGAUUAUCUGGGAGAAAGAUGGGGUGAGACUUCCAACCAACAUCCGUCAGCGCGUCACAAAUGGCACACUCGCACUGGAGAACGUGCAACGCGCCUCUGACCAAGGCACGUACAGCUGCACUGCCCGGAACAAGCAGAACUACACGGCACAGCGGUCAGUUGACGUCCGCGUACUUGUGCCACCCAAAAUCACGCCUUUCAGUUUUGCACGCGACUUAAACGUAGGCGACAGAACAAGUAUACAGUGCGUGGUGGUGACAGGGGACUUACCCCUCAGCUUCGUAUGGCUCAAAGACCACUACAGCAGUCUCAGUCCAACAACAUCAACAAGCAUUUCCACAAGUAGCACAGGCACCACAACCAGUACGGACAUUACCACCAGACAGUACGAUGACUUCACCAGUACGCUAAGCAUAGGGAGCAUCACGCGGGCACACAGUGGCAAUUACACUUGCCGGGUGAGCAACGCCGCAGCCACCAUCACACACACAGCACAACUCCGAGUGAACGUGCCUCCACGUUGGUUGGUCGAGCCAACUGACCACAGUGUGGUACAAGGCAACCCAGUGUCUCUUCACUGUCAAGUGGAUGGCUUCCCUAAACCCACAGUAACUUGGAAACAAGCAGUGGGCACUGAGCCUGGAGAAUAUCGAGAUCUGAGUUAUCAUAAUCAACGAAUCCACAGCUUGGAAAAUGGUUCCCUUGUCAUCUCAAAGGCUGCCCAAGAACAUGAAGGCUAUUAUUUGUGUCAGGCUGGAAAUGGAAUUGGGCCAGGUCUCAGUAAAGUGAUUCUGUUAACAGUACAUGCGGGACCACGGUUCAAAGUACGAUCACGACAAGAAAGGGCGCGUAAAGGAGAGACAGUACAUCUACGAUGUGAAGCAGAUGGUGAUCAACCUAUGGACGUUACAUGGAAGGCAAAAGGCAGUCCCAUUGAAUCUGACUAUGAGAUGAGGUACACAGUGAAGACGACGUCACUGUCCCAUGGUUCUCUGUCAAAGUUAACCAUAAUGGAUGUUUUACCUGUAGAUCGCGGCGACUUCAUUUGCAUUGCUAGCAAUCUAUAUGGCCAGGAUCGAGCAACAAUACAACUCAUUGUUCAAGAGCCACCCAAUUUCCCGCGCAACCUACACGUAGCAGAACAGACAGGUCGUUCGGUACUACUGUCCUGGUCACCUGGAGCAGAAAGUGAUUCUCCUGUUACAUCAUACAUUCUGCAGUAUAAGGAGGCAUCAGAUGUUUGGCAUGAACACAACCCACAACUCUCGGUGGCUGGGGACCGCAGUGUGGUGCUUGUUGCGGGACUUCAUCCUGCCACAACCUACCACUUCAGGCUGUACGCUGAGAAUGCUUUGGGAACAAGUUCCCCCAGUGAUACCUUGCACGUUAUGACAGAAAGUGAGAUACCGGGUGGGCCACCACGCCAGGUAUCUGUGGAAGCAGCCAGUCCACAGGAACUCCAUGUUACAUGGCAACCGCCUGAACAACAACUUUGGAAUGGAGAACUUCUUGGUUACAAGAUAGGAUUCAGAAAAAUUGGACCUGGUCCUGAAGAUGAAGGACCAUAUAACUUUACACGAAUCGGUGCAGGAAUAAUUGACAAUGAAGUUCGUCUCUCUGGACUGGAGAAGUUUACCAAAUAUAGUGUGACGGUUCAGGCCUUCAAUAGUAGAGGUGAUGGACCAGCUUCUGAUGCAGUGAUUAUACAAACCUUGGAGGAUGUGCCCAGUGCACCACCGCAAGACGUGAUCUGUACGCCCGUGUCAGCACAUGAUCUGCAAGUUAGCUGGCUUCCCCCUGAUCGUGCCCACCUCCACGGCAUUGUGCAGGGCUACAGGCUGUUCUUUGAGCCAGUGGAGGAACGGUAUGAGUUGGGAAUUCGAGAAAACAGGGCAAUAGCCGCAACUACUACAGUUUUGCAUGGACUGAAACCAUUCACAAACUACAGUAUUCAGCUUCUGGCCUACACACGAGCAGGAGAUGGUGUUAUUAGCCCAGUUACGUUUUGCACCACUGAGGAAACAGUACCUGAUGCUCCGGAGAAGGUGAAAGCAGUAUCCAGUUCCGAAAACGCAGCUUACAUAGGAUGGCUUCCACCUCGUCACCCAAAUGGCAUGAUCACGAAAUAUACGGUGUACUUGCGUGUUCUGGAACAAGGCAAAGAACUCAAGAUUGUAAAGACUACUGUUGCAGCACAUCAAUUGCACUAUGAAGUGUCUGGGUUACUUACCAGCAAAAUGUAUGAAGCGUGGGUAACAGCAACUACUCGUGUCGGACAAGGAGCUGGCACGCCCGUCGUUCAUCUCUCUCCUGCGACUUCUGCUGGUGUGCCGGCAUCAGUUGUGUCAUUUGGUCAGCUCGUGACUGUACCGUGGAAAGUCACUGUGAAAUUAGCUUGUCUCUGUGUGGGCGUGCCUCGACCGAAGGCGCAGUGGAGACUAGGAGAUUUGACCUUACACCAUCAACCAAAGUGAGUUGCUACAGUA